GUGACAGUGGUUGUUGCACAGAAUGAUGGUAAGCUGAAAAUGGUGAGUGAGUGAUCCGAAUGUUUGUGUUUCUAAUGGUUAAAUAACCAAUAUAUUUCAUACUCAAAGAAAAUUCGUACUAUGACAGAAUUCGAGGAGAGACCUGUUUCUGUGCCUACCAGCGAAAGCGACGAAGAAGAUGAGGAAGAAUAUGAUGAAUUAAUUGAAAUUUCUCGACCUUCAAAAAGUCUGAUGCAACAAGUUCUAACUCUUGAUUUAUCAAGACAACCAACAUACACUCAAGCACUGGUUGGUGGAGCUUCUGGCUGGGUCUCCGGCUUUGCAUUUAGCCGUGUUGGUAAAGCCAUGGCUGCAGCACUUGGAGGAAGCCUACUCUUAAUUCAUUUUGGCAGCAAGGCUGGCUAUAUAACAGUAGAUUGGGACCGAUUGGAUAAAGACAUGAAGGAAGCACAAAGUAAUAUUCAUAAAAAGCUUGCUGGCAGACAGAAUAAGAGAGCUACAAAAAACUUUCUGAAACAGGGAACAAAAUUCUUUACGAGAAAUAUGGUGGCUGUUGGUGGUUUUCUUGGUGGAUUUUUUCUUGGUGUGGCAACUUAAUGCAUGGUAGUCUGUAUUACUUGAAAAUGAGUGAAAAAUCAGCUUAAAGCAUGCAUCAUUGUUGUUGACAAGUUGGACUGAAGGCAACUGAAAGAUGUUUAUUUAAAAUGUAAAGUUAAUGUGGUUAACAACAUUUAUGUGGAUACUUCGAGACAUGGUAGAAUAAACCUUAUGUUGAAUUAUUUAAUGCAAAGCUUAACAUUCAAAGGCAUUGGUAUAUUGACAAAUAAGAAUUAGUUCUCUUUUGGUAUGUAUACACAAUAUUUCCAAUGAAACAAUAUUCCUAUAGGUCACAGCAGAAAGAAAGUACAUUUUCACAAUGACCCACCCUAUUUGCUGGUACAUACAAUCUCGUCUAAAAUAAGAAGGGUAAAUUCAUUAUAGAAUAGCCACAUCCUCAAUUUAUAUACAUAAUUUUGAAAUACCUGUCAUCUGGAGCGAGGGUCCUAUGAGAAAAAUUUAGUAUCCCUUAUCUACAAUUUCCUCUGUUGCUGGUAUUUUCCUGUUUUUGAGCAGGGCCCUGUGUAAUUUAACACUCUCUUAGAGUCAAUGAUGAUUUGCGUAGUGUCUUUAAAGAAUAGGCAAGUUAGUGCCCCUUUCCCAUUUAUCUUCUAAUUUUAAAUGGCCUCUCCAUAAUUUCAGUUUUUGUGACUGUAUCGUUUUUAGCAAUUGAAAUUCCUAUUAAAUCAAAUUUUAGCUGAUUAGAAA